AUGUGCAGUUCCCAUUUCAUUACAGUUGCUCAUUUAGAUAUGCAUAUGGCUCAGACUGAUCAUCUGUACUUGUGUCCAUUAUGCCCAUUCACGUGUGCUACAGGGAUUGAUCUUCGGGAUCAUUGUGAUACAGCUCAUCCUUCAGAUGAACCUUCUUCGAGUAAAUCUUAUCGGAUUGUUAAUCCUGUUCCAGCUGUUACAACGAGAUCUACUGUGAAACCUACACCAACUGCUGGUCGUACAGUUGUAGCUCCUACCGCUCGGGAAGAACAGCGUCGUGCCGACAAUAGACUUCAUCAGACUGAUCAUCUGUACUUGUGUCCAUUAUGCCCAUUCACGUGUGCUACAGGGAUUGAUCUUCGGGAUCAUUGUGAUACAGCUCAUCCUUCAGAUGAACCUUCUUCGAGUAAAUCUUAUCGGAUUGUUAAUCCUGUUCCAGCUGUUACAACGAGAUCUACUGUGAAACCUACACCAACUGCUGGUCGUACAGUUGUAGCUCCUACCGCUCGGGAAGAACAGCGUCGUGCCGACAAUAGACUUCAUCAGACUGAUCAUCUGUACUUGUGUCCAUUAUGCCCAUUCACGUGUGCUACAGGGAUUGAUCUUCGGGAUCAUUGUGAUACAGCUCAUCCUUCAGAUGAACCUUCUUCGAGAAGACUGGUAUCAGCACGUCUUCAGUUGGCUCAUUCCAGAAGGACUUUAUCCUCAAUCAAAAAAUCUGGAUCUGAUAUUAUUAUAACUAGAUAG